AUGGACCUUAAAAGACUUUCUAAAACCCUCAGUGGAAAGGAUAGGAGGGCUCCCACACCCACCUCUCCGCGGCCGUCCGUUCCAGACACCGCUUCCUGGUCCCCAACAGCACAAAUAACCCCAAACCACGGCGGUAAGCAGAGCUGUGAAAUUCACACGCACAAGCCACACACUGGGAACCGGCCACGACAGCCGAGAAAAACCGGCCGGGUGAGAAGACGCCAGGCGGCCCCCUGUCAUCUGAGGACAACAACACGCCCAGGCGAGAAGUGGCAGGACACGGGAGAGUUGCCCCGAAAACAAGCCCGCAGCCUCCCCACUUUCCUGGGAACGCUAUCCCCUCCGCGGCCGUCACCGGCCGGGGCGCAGGGCUCGGCGCCGGGUCCCGGGUGGGGGCCGCUAAGGGAGGCGCCCCCCGCAGGCCAGGCGCCCCGGAGAGCCCGUGGCCGGCCCGGCCCCGCCGCGGGAAGCCGAUGGGAGGUCGCUCCCUGCCAAGGCCACUGCCCCCCCGCCUCGACUCACCGCCGGUGUGUCUGGUUCUCAGCCGCGAGCUGGGGCUGCAGUGAGGAGGCGGCGGAGGAGACGAGAUCCGGGGCCCCGCCGCCGGGUCAUCAUACCCCCCGCGCGAGCCGGCCCGGGCCCCGGCCCCCGCCCCCCGGAGCCGUCCCCGCGCCCGUCCCACGGGGGGAGCCCCCUCAGCCUCCCCCCUGCUCCGCCGCCCGGCCUCUCGCCGCCGCCGCCGCCGCCUCAGCACCGCGCGCUCCCGCCUCAGCCUCCAGCUGCCGUCCGGGGCCACCGCCGGGCCCCUGGCUCCGCAGCCGCCGUUGUCGCCAGACUCGACGAGCUGAGCGCCGAGCGGCCGCCCCCAUCCAGCCAGCCCCCCCUCGCGGGAACUAG